AAGAAACGAGCAGGCGGGUCGUGCUGGUGUCAAACGUGCGAGCUCUGUCGCUGAACGUCGGCACUUGGUUUUUGAUCCUACCAGCGAUCAGAACGGUGCCUGUUAUCAACCAACGUGUGUUUGGAUAUCUUUUCCCACUUCAGUAACACUUCAACCGUAGAGAUUCCCCACACAUCCUGAGACUAUUCCUGUGACCCUGGGCUGCAGAGGGACAGGAGGACAGUGUAGCACAAGGUGAGACAGAGGAAGUCCGGUCUGUAGACUGGGGGGCUCGGUCAGAGGGGAGCGUAUGAGGAGUCAGAGAGCAGAGGAUACCCCUGAUCUGUCCUGAUAUCACAGAGCCACACCGGCAACGCACCCGGAAACUCACCCGGCAACGCACCCGGAAACUCACCCGGCAACGCACCCGAAAACUCACCCGGCAACGCACCCGGAAACUCACCCGGCAACGCACCCGAAAACUCACCCGGCAACGCACCCGGAAACUCACCCGGGUCACAAAAGGAGACAAACAAGGAGCCCCCACUCCUCCUGCAGGCAUGAGGUCCUUCCGUUCGUUCGGUAAUGAUGACCGUCACGUCAUGGCCAAGCACUCCUCCGUCUACCCAUCAUCGUCUGAGCUGGAGGCAGUCCAGACCCUGGUGUCCACCGUGGAGGGUGCCCUCAAACACGUCUCUGAUUGGAUAGACCAGAGCAACGUUCAAUCGGUGCAGAGCAACAGCCAGACAGACGCAGCAGUCGGCCAGACAGACGGUCAGUCCGACGCAGCAGUCGGCCAGCCCAACCCCACAGACAGCCCGGUGCCAAAGGAUGGUAGCUGUGACCAUGACGAUGACCUUAACCCUAACGACGACCCCAGUCUUAGUCCCAGAGCCAGCCCAGAUGACUCCACAGACGGCGGUAGCAGUGAGCCCAGUGGAGGUGUUCUCUGUGGCGUGAUGAGGAUCGGCCUGGUGGCUAAAGGUCUGCUCAUCAAACAGGACAUGGACCUGGAGCUGGUGCUGAUGUGUAGAGAGAAACCAACAGAGACACUGCUGUGUGCUGUCUGUGAUAACCUGCCGCUGCAGAUACAGAAGCUAACAGAGGAGAAGUACGAGGUGCACCGAUGCGUGCCAGAGGCGGCCAUUUUGGUGUGUUGCACGACAGAGCCCAAACUCACCCUGAAGGUCACCCUCAGCUCUCCACAGAUGAGAGAAGACAGCGACACGGAUGAACAAGGUACCAGGGAUGAACAAGUGGAGGGUGUUGAGCUGUCCGACCCUGCAGACAUGCUGGACAGGCACAGAUGCCUGGUGGCCCUGGCGGCUCUGCGACAUGCCAAAUGGUUCCAGGCCAGAGUAAACGGCUUGAAGUCGUGUGUCAUCAUCCUCAGGAUCCUAAGAGACAUGAGCAAUAGACUGCCAGCCUGGGAGCCACUCAAAGGAUGGCCCCUGGAGCUGAUUUGUGAGAAGGCCAUAGCCACGUGUAACCGGCCGCUGGGUGCAGGGGAAGCCCUACGUAGAGUCAUGGAGUGUCUGGCCUCGGGAAUCCUGCUUCCAGGAGGACCAGGGUUACACGACCCAUGUGAGAAGAAGCUGACCAACACCCUGACGGCCAUGACAGACGAGGAGGCUGAGGCCAUCACCUACAAUGCACAGCACGCCCUGAGACUGAUGGCGUUUGGUCAGAUCUACAAGGUGCUGGAGAUGGACCCUCUCCCCUCUAGUAAACCCCAGAAGUACCCCUGGUCAGACAGGGAUGGCUCUGGGCUAAAGAGGCCUUAUGAGGACGGGCCCACGGACGACAAAGACCUCAUCAAGAAAAUGAAGAGGAACCUGAGGAAAGUCCUCGACAGCAAAGCAAUAGACACCAACCAACCAAUGAAUGCUCUGAUGCGUCUGAAUCAGAUACGUCCAGGUCUGCAGUACAAGCUGCUGUCCCAGUCCGGCCCGGUCCACGCUCCUGUCUUCACCAUGUCUGUAGACGUAGACAGCACUGUGCACGAAGCCUCAGGCUCCUCCAAGAAAACCGCCAAGCUGCAUGUUGCUGUGAAGGUAAAAGAUCUAUGCCAGGUCCUUCAGGCGAUGGGUUACCCUACAGGGUUUGAUACGGACCUGGACUGCAGUGCAGACGAGAAGUCAGACGGAGAGGGGAGGAGUGAAUCGUCCACACACAGCAAUAACACAACACACUCAGACAGCUCAAAUACACUGGAGGUCCGAACUCAGGGUCCUAUUCUGACGGCCAGCGGUAAGAACCCCGUCAUGGAGCUCAAUGAGAAACGCAGAGGUCUGAAGUACGAGCUCAUAUCAGAGAGCGGGGGCAGCCAUGACAAACGCUUUGCCAUGGAGGUGGAGGUGGAUGGUCAGAAGUUCCGGGGGGCGGGGCCUAAUAAGAAGGUAGCGAAGGCAUCCGCUGCGUUGGCUGCUCUGGAGAAACUGUUCUCUGGUCCCAACGCCACCGCUAUCAAGAAGAAGAAGAUCAUCCCUCAACACUCUACAAAAUGUUCCCUAGCUGCAGCAGUGGCAGCCUCAGCAGUAGCAGCCCAGGUGGCCAGAGGGAGAGGUAGAGCGGCAGCCCUGACCAGUGGAGCCUUCAUUACCACAGCCACUGCACCAGGAUACACACAGAUACCAGGUGUGACAGGCUUCGGGACCCCAUAUGGAUACAGUGCUGCAGCCGCCCCAGCCUAUGGUGGUCUUUUCAUUGACAAUCCCUUUUACCAGGCUCGGACCAUCGCACCAUUUAUUAUUCAGUUGGGUCCUCAAGAUCUCUUCUCUGACUUCUAGAACCAUCAGGUUGUGUUGCUUCUAAACUAUCUGACAACAGUGCUGCUCCAGGCUUGCCCUUUGACCCAGCAGGCUGUCUGUCUGUCUCCCACCAUCAUUUACAGAGCCAGCGAGUGGUCAAACUGAACUCCUCUCACUCUGUUCUGUCUCCCCACGACCCAAAUCAAUAGAAACAAACCUAAAAAAAGCAAUAUUUGAUUGGACUUUUUUAAAAUCUCAGCUGCGUCAAAACUAAAAGCUGAGGACCUUGAUCUUUGGGUCUUUUUCUUAUAUAGCAAUACGACACCUGAACUGUUUUGGCUUCAAGCUUACUUGAGAUGAUGUGAAUGUUCCAUUGAGUCUUACACAAGCACAGCGUUGCAAUAUAUCACUUCAAUUGUAUAUUCACUGAGUGUAUGUGUGCCUAUACCAUGGAAUAUAUGCAUUUAUAUGUCUGGUAUAAGUUUCUAUAAAUGUGUAUUACAUGUGUUGAUAUCAUUUAUGAUGUGCAUAUGUAAAUAUAUGAUAUACUUAUUGUUGGUAUAAAUUAUUUUAGAAAGUGAUAUGUAAUCACAAUAUAGAGACGUUCUUCUUCCAGGUUGAUGCACACUGAGAAAUGGACUUUACUCUAGUACUGGACAUGCAAUAUAAACCUGUUUCUUAAUUCACCUGUGCUUAUAGAAUAGCUUAGUGAUUUUUCCUUCCUUUCACCUCGAUGUCUUCUCGUCUGAGCCUUUCGCUAGCACGGCCUGGUCAGACGAGAGGCGCUCGCUCACUCAACCUUGUAAACCGACCGCCCUCUCUACCACACGGCACAUACACACGCACUUCCUGUGUGACACUACAAACACACAACCUCCUGUUUACUUCCUGUCAGAAAGCACACUUUUCUCAGUGGAACAUUUCUCACAGCGCCACUGUCUCUCUGCUCACAGGGUAUCCUGUACUGCACCGUACGCUUUGUCCUGUUAAUAAGCUGGGUGUGUUGGGCAGCUAGGGUAACUGAACACAGAAACCCCCUCCUAGACAGGACCAACCACGUUCCUCUGUCUCUCUCAUGCCUACAGCAUGAACGUGGGACCAAAAGCACAGUUCACAGUUUGUCUGCUUGUAAAGGUGAUGGGUGGCCCAGUUACUUUAAGUAAAGGAUGCUACUCAGACAAACCAACACACAAGGCUUAUUACUGUCAACUCAGUCGCAGACCAACCAGCCUUGUCACUAUGAAACAGUCCAACCACACAUUGAUUAAUGGCUACAUCUAAUUAUAAUGUAUACUCUGACAUUAUGUACAUUAAAUCUCUACUGUAUAAAGACA